AUGGAACCCUGCAGGGCGACUGCCAAGGAGGCAGCAGUCCUCGAUGUGCUGGCCACCAACCUCCAGGGCAGCCUUUUUGCUGCCUCUGCGCUGCAGAGCUACAAGCAUGACAUGAUGCUGGAGUCCCUCCCCACCUUCUAUACCCACCACAACUCUAAGGACUUUGAGGCCCUACUUGCAGAUGCCAGCAAGUUAACCAACCUGAAGGAACUUCUCCAAUCGACUGGAGAUGAAGACCAAUGGGCCCGGGACCUGGUGAGCUGGAUUUUAUCCUCAGAGGUCCUGAAAAUCCACAGUGCAGGGAAGGCAGAGUUUGAAAAGAUCCAGCAGCUGACUGGUGCCCCUCACACGCCUGUCCCCACCCUGGACUUCCUAUUUGAAGUUGAAUACUUUGACCCAGCCAACGCCAAGUUUUAUGAGACCAAAGGAGAACGAGACCUAAUCUUCACCUUCCAGGUUAGCCACCUAGAAAACUUCCAUUCCAUCAUCCAUAAUGACUGCACUGCCACCUGA